AUGGGCACCCGGCAGACCAAGGGCAGCCUGGCGGAAAGAGCUAGCGCCGGCGCGGCGCCCGGGCCCCGCCGCGAGCGACCCGACUUCUGGGCGUCGCUGCUGCUGCGAGCCGGGGACAAGGCGGGGCGCGCGGGCGGCGGCGCGGGGCUGCCCCCCUACCACCGGCGCGUCAGCAUGGUCCAGGAGCUGCUGCGGAUGGUGCGCCAGGGCCGGCGGGAGGAGGCGGGGACGCUGCUGCAGCACCUGCGCCAGGACCUAGGCAUGGAGUCGACCUCACUGGACGAUGUGCUGUAUCGCUAUGCCAGCUUCCGGAACCUGGUGGACCCCAUCACACACGACCUCAUUAUCAGCCUGGCACGCUACAUCCACUGUCCCAAGCCGGAAGGCGACGCGCUGGGCGCCAUGGAGAAGCUGUGCCGGCAGCUGACCUACCACCUCAGCCCGCACUCCCAGUGGAGGCGGCAUCGGGGGCUGGGCAAAAGGAAGCCACAGGCCUGCCUCAAGGCUGUCCUGGCUGGGAGCCCUCUGGACAACACAGUGGACCUGUCGGGAAUCCCCCUGACCUCCCGUGACCUGGAACGAGUGACCAGCUACCUGCAGCGCUGUGGAGAACAGGUGGACAGUGUGGAGCUGGGCUUCACAGGCCUCACGGACGACAUGGUCCUGCAGCUUCUGCCAGUGCUGAGCACGCUGCCCCGCCUCACCACACUGGCGCUCAACGGCAACCGGCUGACCCGGGCACUGCUGCGUGACCUCACUGAGGCCUUGAAGGACCCCAGCAAGUUCCCCAGUGUCACGUGGAUAGAUCUGGGCAACAAUGUAGACAUCUUCUCACUGCCUCAGCCCUUCCUGCUUAGCCUGCGCAAGCGCUCCCCAAAGCAAGGCCACCUACCUACCAUCCUGGAACUGGGGGAGGGGCCAGGUAGUGGGGAGGAGGCCUGGGAUGGGACACAGGAGGACCCUGGAGGAGACCCUCUAGCAUCUGCCAAAGACCACAGCAAGAGCGGGGAGCAUGUAACUGUAGCUCAGACAUGAAAGGGGCUCUCUCAUCCAGGAGUCCUUGUGGGAUAGGAUGGCAGAGGGCCCUAUGAAGUCUCUCAGGGGGCCAAGACUACAACCCUAAGCUGGUCUGGGCAGCCCCUCCCACUAGAUGCCAGACCCCAGCAAAUGGCAAAGGGGGAUUUAUUACCACUUUUUGGUUCUCAUUCUCCCCCUUUAAAAAAUUCCGUAUCUUUUGGUCCGAGAAGCAUCCCUGGCUCAAGGGACAUUGAGGUACCAGUAGUUUCAGGCAGUGUGAACGCUAUAAGCUUUUUCCCAGGAAAUGUUAUUGGGGCCCAUGGUUUUCCAAAAAUGCAUUAAAUUUGCUCUUCAGGGAGCAACUCCAGGCCAAGUGUGCCACACCCCAGACGGCUGAAAUCUACCCCAACCCAGGCUGGAGGACCAGGGGCCAGAGGAGCCUCAUCCAAGUCCAAAAGUGGGCAUUCUGCCUACUGCUUCUGAAGCAGUCUUGGCCUCCAUUUCUGCCACCCACCACUCAGCUGUAGGACCCUGGCUACUUAGUGCCACCCAGCAGUGCCUGGGGCCUGCUCUUAAGUCUGUAACUCACCACCCCCAAAACUGCCAGGGCAGGACUUACUCCUCCUGGGCAGUUCAAACAGUAACCGUUUCUGUUAUUUUCCACAAAAUUUCUGGGAAUCCCUGGAGGUAACCCUUUGAGCAUUCAUACAAUAUUAAGGCUCUCCAAACCUAUACUCUAAGAUGGGGCCUCCAUAAGAUAGAUGGGGAGGGAGGAAGGAGGUAAACUGAAAAAAGCAUCCCCCAAAAAAAGGAUUUCACCCUACACCUUCCCCUUGCCCAAAUCUUUUAGCAGAGGCCCGGACAAGAAGUCCUUUCCACAAACAAGCACUGGCCGUAAGUAUAGAUGAGAAGUUCAAGUCCAGGGAGAACCAGUCUUUUAUGGAUAAACAGCAGGGUGCUGGUGAAGCAGAGGCUGAGCCCAGACAGCAAGACUUACCUGCAGCCUCAUGCCAGGUAGGCAAAAUUUCAACAGACUCCAGGACCUUGCCUGCCACUGCUGAAGGGGAACAGUAUAAAGGCGACUCCUGACUGAGCUAUGCAAAGAUAGCCCAGAGGUGUAGGGACUGGAAUCAAGUGACUCCCCCAAAAUCACUGAAAGGGGAACAUCUUGAGUGCUAAUAAUACCUGGAUUGCUAUAAUACCCAGCAGUAAUAACCCUUUCUUCACAAAUACACAUUUUUAAGAACCAAGACCAAAGACAAUCCUUUAUUACAACCCUUACUUUAUAAUUGCCUGGGGACACUUUAGGGCAGAUUGUGAUUUAUAGCUUUUAGCUUUAAGAACUCAGGCCUGCCAAAGUUACAUAUUAAAAUGUAAAGAUCUUCCGGGGCAGCUUGGCUCAUAAAUGCGCCUGUCCUAGGAAAAAAGUUGCCAGAUACAUUUCUCAGCUGAUACUCAACCAGUUGAGCGUGUUUCCAACAAGUUGUCAGAUCAAAUGCAGAGGCUUUUUGAGUCCAAGUUCGUGGUGGCCCCAGGUUCCUGGACUGCAAUUUUGCCCCUGCUGCAGCUGGUCAUCCUCUGGGAACACAGCCUGCAAAGAAACUAGGUAUCAGUCUCACUUUCCGCUUCAACCAGCUUUCAAUCACAGCAUGUAAGGUAUCUUCAGAAAACCACAGGUUCACCACUACACACUCUGCCGGUAAUUCCAGCUAUUUUGGGUUAUCUCAUCAUGUGAUAUCCUUUUCCGCAUAUCAGUUUUAACACUUGCUUUUCAUUUAUUCCACCGUGGUGGUUGGUUGUCUAGGAUCAAGGCUUACCUCCCAGGUUGCUCUAAAACUCUCGCACUUCAGGUCCCAUUCUCUAGCACUCAGUUGUCAACCCUGGGGAAGUGGAAAGACACACACCUCAGACACACCAAGGGCAGAGCAGGGGGCAUUUCUGAUGACGGUAGCCUCAGGUACAAAUGAAAAGUCUGGGCUAACAAGAGUGCUCAAAAAGCACUUAGUAGAGCUGUUUUUCUGUGAAUUAAUCACCCAAGUCAACAAAUCCUAAUUCACUUCCUUGAGGUCUGUGACCUCCACUUGGCCACCUUGUUUUAAGCCUCAGAAGCCUAAGGUUAUCAUGGACGAAAGAAACUACAUCUAGCAGACAGGUCAUUUGCUCAAGAUCAUGCAGCAGAGGGAUAAAACAGGAACCUCUCCUGCCUGUGCUCUGCACAGUGGCUUCACCGCCACCACAGAUCCAUGUCAGGAUGGCUCAGGGGUACUCUAAGGGUCAAGGCCUACACAGAUUUGUGAAACUGCCAGUAUCUGACCUAUCAGAGCAGCACUUUCACGUGAAUUAACUAUUUAACAAGCUAGGUACAUACAACCACUAACCUACCUCCUAGACAAACACUUACCUCACAGUAGGCCAAUGCUCCUAACGCCGACACUCAGGUCAAACUUUUAACCUAGGUGAGUAAAAAGAUUAAAAGUCACAGUUCAGGUAAGCUUACUCCCGGCACCAACAACUGAUGAGGAUUUGUAACUGCGGCCAGGCAGGAAGUUAUCACUUCAGGCUGUACUUUCUAUUACCAAUUUCAGAGCAGUCAAGCACUUCACCUCUCCCUAAUACUGCCGUUCUCCUUAAUGAUGUUGACACCUGGACAUCACUUGAAAAUAAGCUAAAUGUGCAUUAAAAGCAGGGACCAAACAUGUCUUAAUAUGAGCAUUUCUGCACAAAACUACAGCUUAAGAGCAAUUCCAGGUGAGGACUGUGGCUGCAGCAGAGGAUUAGCGUUUUUAUUUGAGGGUUCACACGAUGUAAAAACUCGCUCGGUAUUAAAUGUGUAAAAAUUACAUCCAAGAUGUCAGCUGACGUAUUUCAGG